UGCACAGUCAUUUCAACUUCAAACCCCCCCCCCCAAACUCUCAAGUUUUCUUCAUUUUAACCCCUUUGCACCAACGGCAUGGCCGCCGCUUCCAAAGGCCUCGUUUCUCGUUUCACCCACCUCCUCUUCUUCCGCCCCACAUCUCUUUCGCUUUCUCAGGCAUCCCUACAGCAAACCACACAGUUCAGAACCUUCAUCCUGGAGGCAGAAAAACAUGAUUCUAUCAGCUCUCGAGUUAUCCAAGCUACACCCGGAGUUAUGACCCGCCAUUCGAAGCGGACUGGUGCUAUCGCCGUUAAGUGUGGAAUGACGGCGUUGUGGGAUAAGUGGGGCGCCCGGAUUCCCGUUACGAUUCUCUGGUUGGAUGAUAACAUCGUCUCCCAAGUCAAAACCCCUGAAAAAGAAGGAUUUUCUGCGCUUCAGAUUGGGUGUGGACAAAAGAAGGAGAAACAUUUGAGAAAACCUGAAGUGGGCCAUUUUAGAGCUCAAGGCGUGCCCAUGAAAAGGAAGCUGAGGGAGUUUCCAGUGACUGAGGAUGCUCUUCUUCCCGUUGGAACAUCCAUCAGUGUUCGCCAUUUUGUUCCAGGGCAGUAUGUUGACGUCACUAGCAUUACAAAAGGGAAGGGAUUUCAGGGUGGGAUGAAACGGUGGGGCUUCAAGGGUAUGCCUGCAUCUCAUGGUGCAUCAUUAUCGCACCGAAGUAUUGGUUCUACUGGUCAAAGGGAUGCUCCAGGAAAGGUUUUUAAGGGAAAGAAGAUGCCUGGCCACAUGGGUGUCGAGCAAAGAACAGUUAAAAAUGUUUGGGUUUACAAAGUUGACCCUGCAAGGAACCUAUUAUGGGUAAAAGGGCAAGUUCCAGGUGCAGCCGGAAAUUUUGUCUUCAUAAAAGAUGCAGUCUACAAGAAGCCAGAUGUGUCUUUGCUUCCGUUUCCUACUUAUUUUGCACCAGAAGAUGAGGACCCGACAAAAUUGGAACCUUUAGUAGCUGAUAUCGGUGAGACAGACCCUUUUAUGGCAGCAGAUUGAUGUUAGCUGAUAAUUGGUGAUAAAGACCCCUUUCUGGCAGCAAAUUUAGUGAAGGCUAUAGGUUGCUAGGGAAAAAAGAGUGUAAAUUUUUUGUUUCUCUUUUCUUGAGAAGUGGUGGUAUUGGUUUAAAUGAUUUAUUGUUGUGAUUUUAUUAUGAACAAGACAGGUAAUAGAGUUGAUAAUUCAACAAGUGGUUGGGAGGGGCGGUUGAUGAACCAUACAAGAGUAGAAUAGGAUGUCCAAGGAAUGUAAUUCUGUUAUAUUAUUAAGAAUUCAGGCCUGGUUUGUCUUGUUUAUUCUGUUAUUAAUGUCAGACUUGCUAUAAUAAAUGCAUGGUUUUGGAAAUCAAAA